AUGAUCGACAUUUGGACUGCAAGGGCUCUCAUGCCCGCAUUCCGUUUGCGACAGUUUCUGCUGUGCUGCAUGCUCGCUGCCUGUCAGGGUUCGGCCAACGUGCCUACGCGCCCUUCUUUCGAGCAUUAUGACAGCCGCCAUCCGAUAUCAUAUGGUGUUCAAUUACCAAUGGGGCGAGCCCCGUUUGCCUUUGCAGUGGCCAACUCCGAGGAGUUGACGAAUUAUUUGCUACGCGACUCAUCUGGGCCCUUCAUGCCUGGCCCUGCAGCCAGCUCGACCUUGCAAGAGCUUUGGGGUUUUGAGGAAGACAGCAUAAACGAGCAAGACGAGACUAUUUUGAAGGCGGAUUGGCAAGCUGACAGCUUUUGGGGAGCUGAAAGUGCUCGAGUGUUUGUGCCCCGUACGGAUGAUUUCUUGCCGGCUCACGCAGCCCCACUGCGAAUCCAAGCCUUCCUGGAUGCUUUCCGGGAAGCUUCAUCCGCUUGCUGGCAGCGCCUGGUCCAGGCAUUGUCUGUACUUGAGAAGGAGGCAUCCGAUGCUGAAGAGUCGGAGUUGCAUGACAGUGUGCGUGUUUUCCGCCGUUGCCUUUUGGACAAAGCUCAGUUUGCUGGCGUGGAGGCACAAAUUUGGCAGGGUGGAGACUUAACCAUGGACUCCCACACAGAUGGUGCGACGGCCUUGUUGCAUUUGGGGGUUACCCUUGGAGGAGCUCGCACCCUGAGAGUCAGCCAUUUUAGAGAGAGACAUUCGCAAUACAAGCCACAAGAAAGUCGCCGGAGAGGCAAGCGCUCUGGUGAUGAAAUUAGCGUAUGGAACCCUGAAGCUUAUGACAAGGAAGAGCUGUGGGACAUUGAACAGACCAAGGGAUGUUUCUACCUCACAUCGCCUUUCUGCUUUGAGCACGGUGUGAAGUAUGAGAAGCACGAGUCCAGUCCGACUUUUGCUUUGCAGUGUCGGUUUGUUUUUGCAAACCUUUCUGCUGCAAAGCUCGUGAAUGGCCAGCGGACGAAUGCCAUGCGAGAGGUCGCCAACGUCAUCGCACACUCCCUUGCCGAAUCCAUCAACGGUUGCGAGCUCCAGCUCCCCACCGUUCAAGAGGUGCGUGCAGCGGCUGCGCAAAUCUCCGUUGCCAAUCAGCUCCGCAAAGCCCGGAGCUCGUACACCCAGCGGCAUUUCCGUGCCAAGAAAUGGAAAUCCAGCCAGGUUGGACGGUCUGCCUGGGGUGCCGGUGCAGUGAGCGCAGUGGUGAUGCUUGGCAUGUGGCAUUUCAGCAAGCUUGGCACGCGCUUCGGAUUUCCUUCCCGCAGUGCUGCAAGAGCAAAAAUGCCGUGGUAG